AGUGAAAUAAAAUAAUGAUGAUGAUGAUGAUAAAAUCAAAUUAUAACAAUAUCGAUAUCAGGUGCAAUUAACGGGUCAAUCACCGACCACUCUCCACUUCUUCACACAGUCAUUACAACAAUAAUAACAACAACAACAGGAGUAGAAACAACAACAACAAUAACAAUCAUAGUUAUGUUAUGACUGAAAAAGUGCAGCAAAAGGAAAUGCCACAAAACUUAAACUGCAAAUUGCCAAAAUUCAAAAAGGAAGAAGAACUGAUUUGAAUGCUAGCAAAACUGCUAUAGUUUAUAUAUAUAAUUAUAUAAAUGCCCAAUUAUGUCAGCCAAAAGAUCCGGAACCGGUUCUCAGCAUACCCACAUAGAACAAUAUACAAAUCCAUCCUUCGAACAGGAAUACGAUUUGGUGGAGCCAACAGCGGCGCCUUCAUCAGCAAUUGCGACCACAAUAAUAGCUGACGAUGCGGGCGGGGGAGCUGGUGGUGGUGGUGGUGGUGAGGGUGGAGAAGCAGCUGCAGCACCAGCUGGAAAUGGAGGAGCUCAAUCAAUUGCUGGAACAACUGGCACGACACAUCGCAAAGGUCACAGGCGACAGGAAUCGAUGUACCAGAUGACUGGUCUCUACUCGGAAACGAACAGCGGUGACGAUAGCAGCAUCGAUGCCGCUCUGGAUCAAGAGCAGAGCCAGCAGCAGCCCCAGCCACAGUCACAAUGCCACAAUGCGGCCACAGGAACAGGCGGCAUGUCCACUGAUCUGCCAAAAUGCCACAGUCGACAGCCAUCAGCUGGCGGUGGUAAGGCCAAUCUGGAUGAAGAAGAUGACUAUGAUUACGAUGAGGAGCAGUAUAGAAUGGGUGGCGAUUGUGGCAUCCUCAAUUGUCGGCCGUAUGGUAUCCAAAGAUUCGCUAGAAUUAAAAUAUUUGUGCUCCUGCUCUCCCUGCUGGUCAUGAUGCAACAGGCAUUGAGUUCGGGUUAUAUCAAUUCGGUGAUUACAACGAUAGAGAAACGUUUUGAGAUACCCUCGAGCUAUUCGGGUCUGAUAGCCUCCAGCUAUGAGAUUGGCAAUGUCAUAACAGUGAUCUUUGUCAGCUAUUUGGGAAGCAGGCGUCACAUACCAGUAUGGAUUGGCAUUGGGGCAGUGAUCAUGGGCAUUGGUUCGCUGGUGUUUAUGGUGCCGCAUUUUACGGGUGAACCCAAUCCGGGCAUAGCGAUCAUGAACAAGACCAGCGAUAAUAUCUGUCGCAAUGCAUUGGUCAGGGGGCAGGAUAUGGAUUUUGGACGUCUAUCCAGUGGCCUGUCCAAUCAACCUUUGGCUCCGCAUACCCUGCGAGAAGAUAAUUGCCUCGAGGGCAAAGCCUCGACAACGGGACCAGUGUUGCUGUUUGUGUUGGCCCAACUUCUGCUCGGCUGUGGUGGCAGUCCUCUCUUUACCCUGGGCACCACCUAUGUGGAUGAUCAUGUCCGCACCGAGAGCUCAUCCAUGUAUAUUGGUUGCAUGUACAGCAUGGCUGCCUUUGGACCUGUUGUGGGCUUUCUUCUUGGUGCCUAUUUACUUUCCUUUCACAUGGAUUCGCUAUCGUCCACCGUUAUAUCCAUCACACCUGGAGAUCGUCGCUGGGUGGGCAUGUGGUGGGGCGGCUUCCUUCUAUGCGGCAUAGUGCUUCUUAUAGUGGCUGUGCCAUUCUUUUCCUUUCCCAAGAUUCUGGCACGCGAGAAGAAGAAAAUUCGGAAGAGCAGUGUGGUGCAACCAGCUUUGGCCAAUAAUUCCAGUGCCACAGAUGAAUUGGGCAAGGUGAAGAAGGUGGAAAUCGUCUCAGUGACUACCAAGGAGGAAGAUUCCCAAUCGGCACCCAAAGUCGAUACUGGCUAUGGCAAGGAUAUUAAAGAUAUACCACAAUCAAUGCUGCGUUUGGUCAAGAAUCCGGUGUACAUUGUCACAUGUCUAGGCGCCUGCAUGGAGCUAAUGAUUGUCUCGGGCUUUGUUGUCUUCCUGCCCAAGUAUCUGGAAACGCAAUUCAGUCUUGGCAAGAGUCAAGCGAACAUUUUCACCGGUUCGAUUGCUGUGCCCGGUGCUUGUAUUGGGAUUUUCAUUGGUGGUUGCAUCCUCAAACGAUUCCAAUUGAAGCCCAAGGGAGCCGUCCAAUUUGUAUUGAUCACAAAUGUCAUCUGUCUGGCCUGCUAUUCAAUGUUAUUCUUCCUGGGUUGUGAUAAUCUCAAAAUGGCCGGCACAACGAUACCCUAUUAUAACAAGCAAAGCUCAUCAUUGGAGCAGCCAUUCCAGGUGAAUCUUACGGCUGCUUGUAAUUUUGGUUGCGAGUGCCUUACCAGCGAAGUGGAGCCAGUUUGUGGUAACAAUGGCCUCACCUACUUCAGUCCAUGCCAUGCCGGCUGUACGGCCUUCUCAUCGAGUUCCAAUUACACCAACUGUGCAUGUGUUCAGGCAAAUAUUUCGAGUAAUAUUUAUCGCGGAGCCGGCGGUAGCCAGGCUCAAGCUUUAAGCGCCAAUGAAGAUUUUGCUGAAGUCACUGUGGUACCAGUGGCCACGGCUGGGCCAUGUGCCACACCAUGUCGCACCAUUUAUCCCUUCCUCAUAUUGCUUUUCUUUAUGACCUUUGUGGUGGCCUCCACACAAAUGCCUCUGCUUAUGAUUGUCUUACGCUCGGUAUCCGAAGAGGAACGCUCAUUUGCUUUGGGCAUGCAAUUCGUAAUUUUCCGUCUAUUUGGCUAUAUACCAGCACCCAUACUCUUUGGUAAUCUCAUUGAUUCUACUUGCUUGCUGUGGAAAUCAUCAUGCGGUGAAAAAGGUGGUCGUUGUCUAAUCUAUGACAUUGAGAAAUUCCGCUACAAAUAUGUGGGUCUUUGUGCUUCAGUAAAAUUGAUUGCCCUCUUCAUCUUUAUGGUGGAUUGGUGGCUAGUACGCAGACGCAAACAAUUGGAGAAGAUGAAGCCUUUGAAUGCCAGUGAUCCCAUAAUAGGAUCUAUCAUAAGUCUGGAUAAAUUAUUUGAAGAGAAACUUUCUGGUGGUGAUGCGCCAAAUAAUUUUGGCGGUGGUGGAGAACUUAUCAUACCCACAGAUAUUCUGCGACAUUCACGUAACGAUUCUCGAACCAUGCAAAUGGAUUACUGGUAUGAUAAAUGUGGUCAGAUGGUAACUCCGAGCAAUACUUGCCUACAACCGCAAACGAAAUCGAAAAAACAUUUCCGCAGUGCUUCAUGUGAUGUGAAGAUGAUCAAAAGUUUUGCCAAGGAUCACAAUUCAAGUAACAAUUCGACAGCAGCUGCUGAUGCAGCCGCUGGUGAUAAUCCAGUCAAUUCAAGCAAAUACAAGAAUCUCAAAAAGUUCCAAUCUCAUACAAGAAAUCACUCAACGGAUCUCAAUCCCGUGCAGCAGCCAAUUCGGUAUAUACAGAAUCAAUUAAGGCCAUACGAUUGUACGGAAGAGGAUGAUGACGAUGAGUUGACCACUGGCUGUGGCCAUUUUGUGAAGAAGCAUUCUCGUAAUCAUAGUUAUGAUCAAAUCUACAUGCCCAACAAUAUACGCUUCGAUGCGGACUUUCUCAGGCAUCCGCAUUCCCAUUCGCAUCAUAAUCCCAAAAAGAAUGUGAAUGUUCUGAAAAAUGUGGUGGCCAAGAAUUCUAAUGAAGUAGAGGGCAGCGGCGGUGGCUCUGGCUCACGUUGCCAUUCGCGUAAUAAUUCCAAAGAUUUGAAUGUCAAAAUUGCAGCCGGAGGAACUAAUGCUAUUGCUGCUACGGGGGAUAUAAGUGUCUUAAGACAUCGACGCACCAAUUCAAAGGAUCUAAACUACACAAUGCUGCCAAGUGGCGGAACGGAUGCAUCAUCUGCAGUGGUUCCUGCAGUUCCUGCUGUUCCAGUCGCUCCUACCACUUCCUCCUCUUCGAUGUCUGGCCCAAGUGGCCGUCAUACACGAAAUACUUCACAUCAAAAAAUUCAAAUCGAUGAUGAUGAUCGAAACGAACUCAUCCCGGACAAUGAUGAUGAAGAGGAGCGUUUGUAGUUGCCACAUGUUCCUAAUGUGCUUAUUGCAUUUUCAUCUUUAGAUAUCUUUAAGCAACUGCAUAAGCCCCCAACAUUCCAGGCUAGUGUGUUAUUUGUCUCUUUUUCAAUUAAACAAAUUAAUUGUGUACAUACAUA